AUGUUAUUAGAAAUCAAAAAUUUCUAAUUUAUUCCUUAAUCAUUAAUAAUCUCACUUGACAAUGUUUUAACAAUCAAAGUUCUUAAAAUUUAAUCAAAUAGUCAGAUUUAUUGUUAAGAUAGAUAUUUUAUUUUAGCAAUUUCAUAAGCUGAUUAAUAAUAAGAAGAAGAAGAAAUAGAAACACCUCCUUUAUAUGAGAAUCAAACAUUUAUUUAUAAGUUCACAAAAAAGGGAAAUUAUAUAAUUUAAUGUCUUAAUUCUAUCCCUUUUAAAGCAAAAAUUUUAGUAAUUGAAAAUCAAAACGAGAUAUCUAAUAUCUAAAAGAUUCAACAAACAUAAAAUAUUGAAUAAAAACCUGUAAAACUAUAACCAAAAGUUGAUUUAUAUGCCCCUGAAAAUAGAAAACUAAAAAUUUUAGGUAGUCAAGAAAAAAGCAUGGCAUCUACAAUAAUUCUAGAGCAGAUUAAAGAAAAAUGUUUAGGAGAAGAUACAAAUAUUGAUAUAGUAGACUUGAUAAUGAAUAACAAAUCAAAUAGUAAUAUUGAAACAGUGUCCACUUUCAACAGUUCUUUUUAGUAACCGUAAAAUUUAGUAAAAAUAAAGACUGACACAUAUUCUGAUACUGGAAAAUCUGAAUUUAAUACUAUAUUAGAUAGAAAGAGUUCAGAUCCUAUUAUGUGUACUUCUAAAGUUUAAGAUAGAAUCUCACUUACUAGAUAAAAAUAUUAAUAAUUUAGUAUUUUUGAAAAAAUUCAAUCUGCUAUAUUAGAUUCAAAAUAUAAUGAUAUUGAUUUUGUAAAGAAAUAAACAGAAUUUAAAUAAAUCUAUAGUAAAGGAUAGAGUAUAAUAAAUUAUUUGGAGAUAGGUAAAUUAAUAUAUAUAAUUUAGAAUAUUUAAUGAACAUCUCGAAAAAAGAUAAUGUAAAUAAUGAAAUACAAAAUUGA